AUGGGCCGCCUGAACGAGCAGCGCCUCUUCCAGCCUGACCUGUGUGACGUGGACCUGGUGCUGGUGCCUCAGCGCAGCGUCUUCCCAGCACACAAGGGCGUGCUGGCUGCCUACAGCCAGUUCUUCCACUCGCUCUUCACCCAGAACAAGCAGCUUCAGCGCGUGGAGCUGUCCCUGGAGGCGCUGGCGCCAGGUGGCCUGCAGCAGAUCCUCAACUUCAUCUACACGUCCAAGCUGCUGGUCAACGCGGCCAACGUCCACGAGGUGCUCAGUGCCGCCUUACUGCUGCAGAUGGCUGAUAUCGCCACAUCCUGCCAAGAGCUGCUGGACGCCCGUUCUCUUGGACCCCCAGCCUCUGGCACCGUGGCCCUGGCCCAGGCAGCCGCCAGCAGCACCCCAACCGCGCCACCCUACUACUGUGACAUCAAGCAGGAGGCCGAUGCCCCUGGUCUGCCCAAGAUCUAUGCCCGCGAAGGUCCUGACCCCUACUCGGUGCGCGUGGAAGACGGGGCAGGGGCUGCAGGUAGCACAGUGCCCACUGCCAUUGGGCCAGUGCAGCCCUUCUUCAAGGAGGAGAAGGAGGGUAGUGUUGAGGAGGCUGGCAGGCCCCCAGUCCCCUUGUGCAAGCUGGAGGGUGGGGAAGAGCUAGAAGAAGGGCUUGGGGGCCCUGGCACUUACAGCCACCGGGAACAGUCCCAGAUCAUUGUGGAGGUGAACCUCAACAACCAGACACUGCACGUGUCCACAGGGCCUGAGGGGAAGCCGUGCGUGGGGACCAGCCCAGCCACCAUGGUGCUGGGACGGGAGGACGGGCUGCAGAGGCACUCAGAGGAGGAGGAGGAGGAAGAAGAGGAGGAGGAGGAGGAGGAAGAGGAGGGUGGUGGCAGUGGAGGGGAGGAAGAGGAGGAAGAAGAAGAAGAGGGUGGCAGCCAAGGAGAGGAGGAUGAUGAGGAGGAGGAAGGCCACAGCGAGCAGGAGGAGGAAGAGGAGGAGGAAGAGGAAGGGCACAGUGAACAGGAUCAAGAGAGCUCAGAGGAGGAGGAUGGGGAGACUGGAAGCAGGCAGAUGCCAGUGGGGUCUGGGGGACACCGGGGCAGCCAGGUGGAACCCCCUCCCCAUAGUGGCAUGGCCACACGGUCCCGGGAGAAUGCCCGGCACAGAGGCACCCCUGAGCCUGAGGAAGCUGGGCAGCGGGGUGGGAAGCGGCCAAAGCUACCCCCAGGAGCAGCUCCGGCCCCAGCCCGUGGGCCACCUGCUGCUGAUGGGCUGGGGGCCAAGGUGAAGCUGGAAGAGAAGCAGCAUCACCCUUGCCAGAAGUGCCCACGCGUUUUCAACAACCGCUGGUACCUGGAGAAGCACAUGAAUGUGACCCACAGCCGCAUGCAGAUCUGCGACCAGUGCGGCAAGCGCUUCCUGCUGGAAAGCGAGCUGCUGCUGCACCGGCAGACGGACUGCGAGCGCAACAUCCAGUGUGUGACAUGUGGCAAAGCUUUCAAGAAGCUCUGGUCCCUCCAUGAGCACAACAAGAUUGUGCAUGGCUAUGCAGAGAAAAAGUUCUCCUGUGAGAUCUGUGAGAAGAAGUUCUACACCAUGGCCCACGUGCGCAAACACAUGGUUGCCCACACCAAGGACAUGCCCUUCACCUGCGAGACCUGUGGGAAGUCCUUCAAACGCAGCAUGUCUCUCAAGGUACACUCACUGCAGCACUCGGGGGAGAAGCCGUUCAGAUGUGAGAACUGCAACGAGCGCUUCCAGUACAAGUACCAGCUGCGUUCACACAUGAGCAUCCACAUUGGCCACAAGCAGUUCAUGUGCCAGUGGUGUGGCAAGGACUUCAACAUGAAGCAGUACUUUGAUGAGCACAUGAAGACCCACACAGGGGAGAAGCCGUAUAUCUGCGAAAUCUGUGGCAAGAGCUUCACCAGCCGGCCCAACAUGAAGCGGCACCGGCGCACGCACACAGGCGAGAAGCCGUACCCCUGUGACGUCUGCGGCCAGCGCUUCCGCUUCUCCAACAUGCUCAAGGCCCACAAGGAGAAAUGCUUCCGCGUCAGCCACUCUCUGGCCAGUGACGGCACCCCUUCGGCCCCAGGCCUACCCCCGGCCCAACCUCAGUCCCACACACUGCCUCUCCUCCCAGGCCUCCCCCAGACCCUGCCGCCUCCGCCCCAUCUGCCGCCUCCGCCCCCGCUCUUCCCCACCACUGCCAACGCCGCCACUGGAAGGAUGAAUGCCAACAACUAACUGCUGGACUACACAGCCGAUGCCCCAGCUCGCCCAGCCUGCCUGAGCUAGGCCCC